ACAAAAUUACAAAUAAAUUUCCGGUUCAGUGGAGACCUAUUAAAACGGAAUAUUCCGGUCCUGUGUGAACUCUGACCGGAAAUAAUCCAUCUGUUUCCGGUCUGGCUAUUUCAGUUCCAGUCCGAUCAGGAACGGUCUCUGCCCGGUAGGUGGAUUGCUGAGGUAGGUGAAUGAGACCUUAUAUUUCUUCUAAGUGUGCGAAAAUGAGAAAAAUAUAGACAGAUAUUUCUUGCAGCGAAGGUGAUUUCCAGACUGAAACCCCUUAGAAAAUUCCAGACUGAUAAAAAACUGAGAAUUGGACCUGCACUUCUAUCCUCCCAUCAGCAGCCGCCCCUUCUCUUUGGAAAAAGUUUUCAUCAUUUUCAAUUUGCCAUCAAAAGUUUUCUUAGUUCUGAAUCGAAUCUCAAACCUGUCGCCCCCUGACUUCUCUGCCUCUCCACUCUUCCAAGUUCUGAGAAUCCGACUAUCGGAUUUUCCUGCUUCCAAGUCGACGAGUCUCCCGUCUCCGGCUCUCCAGUCUCCGCCAAUCGCCUGCUGUCCUGCUCUCGGCUCUACUGCUCUAGCCUCUAGGCUGUAGCAGUUUUCAGCGAUCAUUAAGUGACACAUUAAGAUUCCACGUCAAUUUAGAGGUGUAGAGUUAUACUUAUGGAGGCAGCCAAUUCACGGAGUUUACAAUUCCCCUCAUGUAUUAAUACUGCAAAUAGGCUGCCAAGAUCAAUUGGUUCAAUGAAUUUCCCAAAGAGGCAUUCUGAGCAUGAGAGUAUUCCUAAAUCCCUUUCCUGUCAUUUUCAACCCAUAAAAGCUACAAACCGACACAGACUAGCUUUGCUGACAGCUUCAUGCUCUUCUCAGAAUACUCAAGCUUCAGUGCUGCAAUCUGAGAGCCCUCUUCCAUCUCUAGAUGAAGCUCAGGUUUUGAAGAGAAAAUCAGGGGAGAUUUUACCAUAUUUGAGUGGUAGAUGUAUAUAUCUUGUCGGAAUGAUGGGCUCUGGCAAAACAACUGUGGGCAGAAUCAUAGCAGAGGCACUGAACUAUACAUUUUUUGACUGUGAUACACUUAUCGAGCAAGCUAUUGGUGGAACAAAGGUUUCUGAAAUCUUUAAGAUACACGGUGAAGGCUUCUUUCGAAAUAAUGAGACAGAGGUCUUGCGCAAGCUUUCUUUGAUGCGCCAGAUUGUUGUUUCAACGGGUGGGGGGGCAGUUGUUCGGCCCAUUAACUGGAAAUAUAUGCACAAAGGCAUCACUUUGUGGUUGGAUGUUAAUGUGGAAGCAUUGGCAAGGAGAAUUUCAUCAGUGGGAACUGGUUCACGGCCUUUGUUACACAAUGAAUCUGGAGACAUUUAUGCUAACACUCUGAAACGUUUGUCUACGCUUCUGGCUGAGAGGGGAGAUGCAUAUGCCAACGCCAAAGCUAGAGUUUGCCUAGAAAAUAUUGCUGCAAAGAGGGGAUCUGGGGAUAUUUGCAACAUCACUCCUACAGAAAUUGCCAUUGAGGCACUUGAAGAAUUAGAAAACUUCUUGAAGAAAGAAAGUGGAGAAGUGCAGUGAGCUACAAAUUUAAAACUCGUGGAAGAGUCUAGAAGUGCAUUAGCUCCAUUUUACACCCACACCCACAUUUUGGUCAGUGAUCUUGGAGUUGAUGUUGCUUCUGAUUGGGUACGAGGGAGCUUCUAUGCUUUCAUUUUGUCUUUCUUCUGCCUUUUAUUCUCAGCCCAACCAUGACAUGUAAUAUUUAAAGGGGCUUCAAGUAUUUAGACUUAUGCUGCAUUUUUUAUACCCCUCGAUCAGUUAGUUGAUGUAUAUUUGUGUAACAAUUUUCUCAUGAAGUUAUAUGUUCAUUUAUAUAAAAGUUUUGGUUUAAAAGAAGCAUAUGACUUCCAUGAAUCCAUGACGCUGAUGUUAAGUAAAUUAAUUCUUGUGGAAUUAAGCUGGGGUGGGAAACGGUUCAAGGAUAGCAUUGAAAUAUUAUCAUAUUUUUAAUCUUGUUAUCUCACACUUUUACCUUUUUAAAUAAAAGGGUGGAUUUUAUCAUCUUGAACACAUUAAGGGCCC